UUUUUUCCCCCUCACUAACUUCCUUCCUGUUCUAACUGCCAGUACUCAGAAGUCAGAGUAAGAGACAGAGGCACCCCAGAGAGCUGUGAGCCACUGAAUAUUAAAAUGACUGAAAAGGACCCAGAAGCACACCUGGAGGAAGAUGUUGAUGAGCUGGACAGCAAGCUCAAUUACAAGCCUCCACCUCAGAAGUCGCUGAAAGAGCUCCAGGAGAUGGACAAGGAUGAUGAAAGCCUAAUCAAGUACAAGAAAACACUCCUGGGGGACGGCCCUGUGGUGGCAGACCCAACAGCCCCCAAUGUCAAGGUCACCCGGCUUAGCCUGGUUUGUGACAGUGCCCCAGGACCAAUCACCAUGGACCUCACUGGGGAUCUUGAAGCUCUCAAAAAAGAAACUUUUGUGCUAAAGGAAGGUGUUGAAUACAGAGUCAAAAUUAACUUCAAAGUGAACAGAGAUAUUGUGUCAGGCCUGAAAUAUGUUCAGCAUACCUACCGGACUGGGGUGAAAGUGGAUAAAGCGACAUUUAUGGUUGGCAGCUAUGGGCCUCGGCCAGAGGAGUAUGAGUUCCUGACUCCCAUUGAGGAGGCUCCCAAGGGUAUGCUGGCCCGAGGCACUUACCACAACAAGUCCUUCUUCACCGACGAUGACAAGCAUGACCACCUUACCUGGGAGUGGAACCUGUCUAUUAAGAAGGAAUGGACAGAAUGAGUGCAUCUGCCCUUCCUUUUCCCCACCUUGCCACUCAGAAGUACCCUCUCUGUCAUAUUCAUCACCCUGUCCCUCCUCCCUGUUCAGAGCUAGGUCCUUUCCCCAAUACUCCCCACAUUCUGUUAUCAAUGCUUCUUGUCCCGCAAUGUCUCUCAAAGUGGUCCCUAGCACAAGAUGCUUAACACCCAGACUUUAAUCCUGCCCAUUCCUUCCAAUCCUCAUCAUGGCCAGAUCUUCAAAAUUCUUCAUUUCAAUACAUGGUCAUUUAGUAUUUCCUUCUAUUUUU